AUAAAAAAUAUAAAACUUGUGGGUAUAAAGGUCCUGUACUUUAUUGUUCUGACAGGGUCUCCUGAACUGACCUCGGGCCUUCUCUUCAGUCUUGCACAGGUGUACCGGCUCCUCCCCUUCAGUCUUGCACAGGUGUAUCAGCUCCUCCCCUUCAGUCUUGCACAGGUGUACCGGCUCCUCCCCUUCAGUCUUGCACAGGUGUACCGGCUCCUCCCCUUCAGUCUUGCACAGGUGUACCGCCUCCUCCCCUUCAGUCUUGCACAGGUGUACCGGCUCCUCCCCUUCAGUCUUGCACAGGUGUACCGGCUCCUCCCCUUCAGUCUUGCACAGGUGUCCCGGCCCCUCCCCUUCAGUCUUCCACAGGUGUACCGCCUCCUCCCCUUCAGUCUUGCACAGGUGUACCGGCUCCUCCCCUUCAGUCUUGCACAGGUGUACCGGCUCCUCCCCUUCAGUCUUGCACGGGUG